AUGCCAAAAAUACUUCACUAUUGGAAAGAAGCGCUAGAUGAGGCUUUAGAAAAAAAUCAUAGUAAAACAGUGUCUUUGAGAGCUGUUAGAAAAAAAAUUUACAUUCCAAGAGCAACUUUACAAUUUAAACUAAAAAACCCUACUUCUAAGUCUGGAUUUGGUACAACACCCUUUUUAACAAAACAAGAAGAAAAUUCCAUUGAGGAAUGGUUAAUUAAAAUGGCGCACAAAGGCUUCCCAAGAAAAUCAGAUGACGUACUAGAUACCGUUCAGAAAUUUUUGACUGAAAAUCCAAGAGAAACUCCUUUCGUUAAUAAUAGGCCUGAACAGGGAUGGCUGAAGGCUUUUUUAAAACGCCACCCCACCUUGACCCAAAAAACUAGCGAAGGAGUAACCAAAGCUAGUGCUUGUCUAGCUGAAUGUGACAUUAAGAAAUGGUUUCAAGAAAUAAGAAACUACCGCACUAGUGAAAACCUUUUAGAUGUCGUUCAAGAUCCUCGUUGGGUUUUUAAUAACCGAUGA